AUCGAUUGCUAGUGCUGCUGUUUCAGCCGAAUCUGAUACGUCAACGGCAUUAAUAGGAUCAGAAACAUCUGCCACGUCAUGCCCUUCAAGUCCGGGUAAUAAUAGUGGAGGAAUCUGGGCCAAAUUGGAUCAGACCUUGCCCAAAUAUGGAAGAAAAACUGGGCUUGCAGACAUGGAAGACUAACCAGGGACACGUGUCAGUCAAGAUAGACGGGCCCCGGACGUCACUUUUGCACUUUUCCGCACUUUUGUAGAAAAGCAGGGAAUAUUAAAACAUUGAUCAGGCUUAGAUAUUUUGGGGAAGCAGUUAAACGAUUAAUUAAAGAAAAUAUCGUUUUGCUUCCCCCAAUGCCCAAUGGCCAAUGGCCAAUGGUUUUUAGAGUCUCCUUUGCCCAUUAAGAUUUUGUGGCUGAAGCUAUUAGAGAUCACAAGAUCGAGAUUGGCCCGCUACGAUUCCAGAUAGAUAUUCACGUCAUUUGUUGGUGUUGGCAAAGGCGGUGCCCGUUCCUUCUGGAUUCACAACUUACCUUGUCGGUUCGAUUCCCAGGGGCUUCCUUACGAUUUAUGAGACGCCAACGAAGAAAUUGGAGCAAUAUACAGGAAGUACAGAAUUAUUGUAAGGCGAGGAUAGGGUUUGAUCGGGAGAAAUCAAUCCGGAUGAUUCGAGGUGGGUUUAGACCCUUAUGCUCUUCUGACCUAUGUACGGUGCUUGUCUUUUCUUUAACUGUGUGGUUUUUUUGACCCAUGUGCUGGGCUUUGUCUCUUCUUUUCUUUUCCUUGGUGUUUUUUAUGGGGAUGUGUUGAGGGUUAGUUUGAAGAAAAUCAGAAUUUAUAGUAGCCAAUGUGCCGUAAUUUGCAGCUACUGUCUAUAUUCUUCUGAGAAUUGAGGGUGCUUCUUGUGCUUUAGCUGCCAGUGGUUUUUUCUUUUCUCUUUUUCGGGUCUCUGAUUUGAGUCGUUUGUUUGAAGACGACGAGGGUUUUGUACUGUGAAACGUGUAUAGUUCUGCAGACGGUGAUUGAGAAUUCCAGGUUGGCUUAAUCUUUUGAGAUUUUGUUGUCGUGUUGUACUUUUUGUGGGGAAUUGAGGGUUUUGUUUUCAAGGCAAUAAGAUUUUGCAAUGUGGAGGGAUUGGGAGUUUAUUUGAAUGCUAUGGAGAUACAAAGUGGGAAAUAUGAAGAGAUCCGUCCCGACAAGGCUAAAGUCGAGCUGACGUAGAAUACAUUUUGGGGGGGUUAAGUGACCCUAAGGAGCAAAGGCCACAAGUGCACGCAACUGACCUUGAGCUAAGAUUUCUGAAGGAUUGAGCAUUCUUCUGGGGUUUUGGAUUUGAUCUCUUUGUAAAAUGGCUAAGCGUGAUGAUCAUGUGAUGGAGUGGGAAGCAGGUCUUCCAGGCCCGGAGGAGUUGACCCCUCUUUCUCAGGUGCUAAUAACACCGGAACUGGCUUGUGCAUUCAGUAUUUCACCAGAACCUUGCCGGAGCCUGCUGGAUGUCAGCAGGGCUUCACAGAACACAAUAUCUGCUCUGAGGCGGCAUAACAGUGCCCCUGCUGCGACCAAUUCAAUGAAGGCCUUUCCUACAUUUACUGCAGGUGAGGGCCGUGACAGCCAUGGGCUUGAUGGGGGUCAAAUGAGGGUUAGUAGUCCUGGGGGUGGGCAGUCUGGGCGGAGUCAGCUGGCUGGGGGAGAGAAUAGUGAUGGUGUUGGUGGGGCUAAGAAGGCAAGGAGUAGAGAAACUGUAGAGGAGGAAGAGUCCUCAGCUUUUGGUUAUGAGAACUCAACUGAUGAGCAGUCGGCAAGAACCUUGAAGAGACCCAGGUUGGUUUGGACUCCUCAGCUUCACAGGAGAUUUGUUGACGUGGUUGCUCAUUUGGGCAUCAAAAAUGCAGUGCCAAAGACAAUUAUGCAGCUGAUGAAUGUGGAGGGGCUGACUAGAGAAAAUGUUGCCAGUCAUCUCCAAAAGUAUAGACUGUAUCUUAAGCGGAUGCAGGGGCUCUCUAAUGAGGGCCCUUCACCUUCUGAUCAGCUCUUUGCAUCUACUCCAGUUCCUCAUAAUGUAGCGGCAUCAGCAUUUCUUUCAAAUCACAGGGAGGAACCAAUGCAGAUGCCCAUGCCAAUGCCCAUGCACAUACCUUAUGGAUCUCCUGUUGUUCCAAUGCCUGGGCAUUAUCCCCUGGCAGGACAUAUGAAUCCUUCGGCACCUUAUGCUGGAUUUGAUCCACAUGUAUAUAGCACUGCAUACGGUCGAGUAUUUCCACAAAGAGUUCCUUCAGCUGAUCAGCAUGAUUCAGUUGGUGACAGAGUGGAGUCAGUGUCAUCAUAUCGUCAUGUUAUUCCUCGCGAGUGAACAAAAAUUGUCUGGGCUACGAGCUUGAAGAACAUGUGAUACUUGCUCUCAUGUCACUUUGGUUAAGCCAGAAAGAAGACCUUGGAUCUUAGAAACAUAUCAGGUGAAUACUGUAUGUUUUAUACUCUGUGAUGUUUAUCAAGAGUUUUGAAGGUUGGGUUUGGCAAAAAGUGCUGUGUCACUUGCCUGCGAAACCAAGGAAGUGCAUCUUUCUUGGUCUUUGAGAUUGUAGGUCCUUCAAGUAUGGUUUUGCGUUCUUAAAACUUGUUCUGAUUGGGACAAACUUGUAAGGACUGUAAUUUAAAAUAGACACACUAAAUAUCCAUUAACUUCAGUGGAAAA